AUGCCCAAGGGUCAGCCCGAAUUAAAAAAGGUGAGUUCUACCGAGAACUCCGACAAGCGUAUCCGUCGAUCCAAGUAUCCUGACUUAAUACAGUACGUGGGGAAGCGCGUCAUCGUGAAGAUGAACGCGGACCGCACCGUCACUGGUAUCCUGGUCGGUUUUGACGUACGUGUGCCCCUCCCAAUUUCUCCUUACUCCCUCGCCGGCCUCCAUCGAUCGCGCGAAAACCAUGUUCUUCUCGAUAUUUCCCUUACUCGAUACGAUGGCAGUUUGAAACGCGCUUGCGAGGCCAAGGGACUUGCGGACACGGUUAACUUUUUGACCACACAGUCAUUCAUGAAUCUCUCCAUGCACGAGUGCAACGAAGAGUUCGAGAAUGGGGAGACUCUGCCUCUGGGCCAAUGCGUCCUCCGCGGUAACUCGAUCAAGAUCGUCGAGGCCGUUGACCGCGUCCACGCGUCCGGCAACUAG